AUGGAAACACUUCCAGCGGAGCUACUUGUAUCAAUCUACCAAGCCUUUGACGAUCUGGACGAUGCACUGCGCCUCCGCCGCAGCUGCCAGCACUUAUGGCAGAUAUUCGACAUACCAGAAAACAGACAUGCGAUUAUCAAAGAAAUACUGAAACAGUUCGAUCGAUCGCACCUCAUCAAUUCGGAAAUCGAACCCACAGUCCACAUGCUACAUGAUGAAAUCCUGCUCCCCGCCCAAACCAUCCCCGAUAUAGCGUGUCGCUGGCACACGAUGAAGAUCGUGGCAGAUUAUUCCGGCAGCUCUCGGGACUGGGAAAUUAUGGAUUUUCUAGCCACUCUCAAGCACGAACUUGACGGCGCCGACAUAGGUGAAGCACUAAUAUGCGCUGCAAAGGAAGGCCUUGACCCCGUAGUCGAGCUUCUACUCAGGAAGGGGGCAGACAUAGAAGAACAGCCGGACUCGUUUGGAAGCGCGCUAUCCUGGGCAGCGAAUUUCGGCCGAAAGCGUAUCGUUCAACGACUGCUGAAUCACGGGGCGAAUGUUGAGUAUAAGAAUACGAAUGGUGAAACAGCACUGUUUUACGCCGUUGAGGGAUCUGGUGGUCAGGAAUCAGAGACAAUUAUCGACAUGCUUUUGGAGAGGGGGGCGAGGGUUGAUAAUACGGAUCGUAAUGGACGCACAGUGUUGGCUUGUGCCAUCUCGUGCGGUCGGGAAGAUAGGUUUGUGAUGAUUCUGGAGUGGUGUGUGAGAAAUGGACGGAGAGAUGUUGUCAAUCUUACGGAUAACGAUGGACACUCGCUUCUGCAUUUGGUGGCGCAGACGGACUGUGCUGUUAGUCUGAUUGAGCGUUUGAUUGCAGAGGGGGCAGAUAUUGGGGCGAUGGAUCGAGCUAACGAAAGCCCGUUGAUGGAGGCGUUGAGCAAUCGGGAUCCGACGCUGUCCGGGGACGAAGUGGUGGAGAGGAUCAAGUUGCUUUCUCAGCGUGAGGGGAUUCUUCUGACGCCAACGACCGAGGGGAAAGUGUCGUUGCAUUAUGCGGCUCGACAUCGGGAUCCAAAGGUGAUUUUUUACCUUCUAGAGAAUGGGGCGAGGGAUAGUGUGAAUCUGGCCGAUCGGGAUGGAAUGACGCCGUUGAUGGAGGCUCUGACUUGUGCAAAUGAAGAUGUGGCAGAGAAGCUAUUAGAGCUGCCAGAGAUUGAACUGAACCAGUCGACCGUCCUUCAAUUGGCUGCAGAGCACUGCACACCGAGACUCAUUUCCUCUCUUCUCAAGGAGAAAGCCAUGCCGAUUGACAGUAUUGACGAUCAGGGAAGAACGCCUCUCUUUGCUGCAUUCGAGACUGAAAACCUGGAGAAUUUCAAAUAUCUCCUACAGCAAGGCGCUGAUAUCACCAUCACCUCCCCUUCUAUCCAAGACCCGCUUCGUUAUGCUGCUGAGGGAAACAUUAUGAUGCCAUUCUAA